AACAAAAACACUGAUAAUUUUUAUCACACAAAAUCCGAGUAAACGUGUUUAAAAAUUUGAGAAAUUCGAAAAAUAUGACGCUUUGAGUAAUUCCGCGCGUAUAUUCGAUUAAUUUUCGCGUUACUAACAAAAGUGCACCGUUAUGGAUUACGAAGAAGAACAAUCCAACGAACUAAUCGUAUUAGAAUCGAUAUACUGUGACGAACUAAACAUCAUAUCAGAUGCACCUCACGAAUUCGAGGUUUCCAUUAAAUACUCCGAUAUGGAAGGUAAUCACACCGAAAAACCUCCAUCAAUCGUGCUAACCUGCAAGCUACCUGAAAAGUAUCCCGACGAAGAGCCUAUUUUAUCGAUCGAAAAAUGGGGAAACCUACCAGACUCCGAAGUAGACCGUUUAAAAGACCACUUAGACGACCUAGCUACUAAAAACUUGGGAACUGUGAUGGUAUACACGUUGAUAGCCGCCGCUCAAGAAUGGCUCAAUGAUUACGAAGACAAUAACAAGAAAGAGGCUGCUUUAGAACACGAGAAAAAGAAACAAAUCGAGGCUGAUUUAGAACGAAAGAAAUUCGAAGGUACGAUAGUUACCAAAGAAACGUUUAUCAGCUGGAAAACUAGUUUCGACGCCGAACGUGGCGUACUGAAAGUCGCCGAAGUAACCGAGAAAGUGAAGAAAUUAACUGGUAGAGAGUUAUUCAUGAAGGAUAACACUUUGAACGAAUCUGAUUUGAAAUUCCUCGAAGAAGAAGGCGGAGAAGUGGUUAAAGUAAACGAAACUCUGUUUCAAGAUAUAGAUAAUUUGGAAAUCGAGUAAAUCCUUGUACCUAACUGUGUAUUUCGUUAAAUGGUUCGUUUUUUAUGAGAAAAAUUUCGCGUUUUUUUUUCCUGUUUUUAAUUCUUAAUAAAUAAUUUUUCUAAUA